AUGACAGAAACAGAUGCCAAAUUGAGCUUGAAGCUAUUGGUCGACAAGAAAGCAAACAAAGUUGGAAAAGAUUUCGUGGAUUUUCUGUUCAACCUCCUUUCUUUGCCUGUGGAUGCUGUGGUUAGGCUUAUAACAAAUGCAACCAUGGUUGGUUGCGUCGGAAAUCUUUGUCAGAGCAUUGAAGACCUGAAUCCAACUUACAUGCAGCCUCAUCAAAAUAAGGAUUUACUUUCGAAGCCCCAUCUAGCGAGUGUCAAGGGAUUGGUUACAUACAUGGUGACUGAUGAUUUAUCAGUGUCACCAAUGUCAAUGAUAUCUGGUGUGAAUCUGCUGAACAAAUUCAAUUUUAAGGAUUUUGGUGCACUUGAGGAAAGGAUGGUUGAGUUUGGGAUUAAUGAGGGUAUUGAAUUGUUGAAGGCUUCUCUUUUGUCAAAGGAUGCUCUUGCUGCUUUUUUACUUCCAAAGCAGGUCGAGAUUCUUCUUGUAGAUGCAAAGCGCAACAAAGUUGUCUUUGCUGAAGCAGGUAAAGACUUUGUCGAUUUCCUUCUGAACCUGCUUGCUUUGCCUGUGGGUACUGUCACUCGGCUUCUCUCAAAAUCAACAAUGGUUGGCUGCAUAGCAAAUCUCUAUGACAGCCUUGAAAAGCUGGACGGAUCUUAUCUGCAGCCUAACCAAAAUAAGGAUUCACUUUUAAAACCAACAGUACCAACCCAAGUCACCAAUCCAAAUUUCUUGCUUGCUGAAAAGCCUGAAGACCAGAAGCUAUACUUUUGCCAAAGCCAUCCAGGGUAUGUGUCAGAUAUUCGUAACUCUGUUUGUAGUAACUGCAGAUCACAAGGCUAUGGUGAUCGCGACUUGAAUCAAGAAGUGAAAUUUGUUGUUACAAAUUGUUCCACCUCUACAGAUAGAUCAACCAGUGAUCAGGGAGGUUAUGUGAAGGGUUUGGUCGCAUACAUGGUGACAGAUGAUUUGUCAGUUUCUCCAAUGUCGAUGGUGUCUGGUGUUGGUCUGCUAAACAAACUCAAUAUUAAGGAUUUUAGUGUUCUUAAGGAAAGGGUUGUUGAGUUUGGGAUUAGUCAGGGUGUGGAAUUGUUGAAGGCUUCUCUUUUGUCAAAUAAUGCGUUGACUGCUGUUUUUCUUCUCAAUCAGGAGGAACCCAACUUUGGAAUUAACAAUGAUGAUGAUUUUGCUAUGAACGGCGAUGACAAUGAUGGUGAUGUCGACGACCACAACUUGCAAGUAAUGGACAUCCUAAACAAGUGCUACACACGAUCACCACCACCAGGAUUCCGCACUUAG